UCUCACGUGAACCGGCCCCAACUGAGGAACACAUACGACGGUGGAACCAGGGUGCAGUCGGCACGUCGCUAGGGUUCGUUAUUCUGCACCACUGUCUGAUUUGGCUGUGCGCCCGAAUCUGUGGAACACGUGCACUCGCGAAUAUUCAUGAGAACACAUUGUUUUGGAAUCAACUAGCCAAAUCCUUCCCUCUGCCACACAUGCUGAAAGACGAGCUUGGGGGUGAAAGCUCUACUUCAACAAACGCACGGGCAGACGGUUCUCACAUGUGCGACGUCGCUAGACGAGUUCGAAGUCGUAGACAUCAUACUUUUGGGUUGUGUGUGAAGUUAACAACUAACCACUAGAUACGUGUUCUGAACAACCGGGAACACCGGACAGGCGCCCACUGCUUUCUGGAUAACAAACGAAUGGAGGAAGCUCAGCCGCACAGCUUCUUCUGGAGGACUGGGAGAGAAGUGGUCCGACAGAGGCUCAGCUUCGAAACGGUUUUGUGGGCUUUAGUUCUGAACUGAGCUUUUUUUGUUCGACUCAUCACCCCAAAAUCAAGACUCGGUUGAUACAUCAGCCGAAGUUGGGGCGGGCUGACGACACCUUAAACGUUCACAGAGACGAGAGAACCCGUUCUCCCGGUGUUGCAAUUCAUGCUGGGAAUCCCCGAUGUAUGGGGAUACAGCUUCAGAGCGAGCCACCACCACCAAGGUUGCCGUUGAUGCGGCAGUGACGCGAAGUAGAAGAGCGAAAGAGUGUGCCAAUACUUUUGUCUGUUUCACGUGUUUUAAAUUGAAGCAACACCGUUCACUCAUGCAUUUCGCGCCACAGAAGCAGGUAGCAGAGAACCAAAGUUUAUUCGCUAACAAUUGAACAACACAAGGAUACAAUCGAGGAUCAUCGCCACGCAAGUUGGGAUCACGGGCCGACUUCAAACAAACGAGGGGUGUACGUGCGAGGGCCCCUGUUCAGCGACGCGUAGUUCCUGCCAUGUACACACUUCAGUACUCGUAUGAAUCCGUUCACGUUGCCGCUGUUUUGUGAUUUAGCGUACAAUUUUCAAACAGACGAAAGCUACAAAUGCUGUACAGGGAUAGACAUGAUGCGGUGUCUUUCCUAUCUCUGUCUUGGGUCGGACCUAUCCUUUCAUUCGGCGUUGCUCUGCCAGCGUGUGACGUUUGAACAGCUGCCAUGGAACGCAUGAAGUUUGAGAAUGGACGCAUCCUUGUUUCACAGGGAGAGCUGAGUGAAGGAACUUGCUGCAGAAGUUCAGUCAAUCGUCGCUCCUGCCUGCGAAGAUUUGCGUAUUUGCGCUACAAGUGUGACCAGCCUGCUAAACUGACUGGCGAGCUGUGGCGUUAACGUCGUGGCGAAACGCGUAGCUAAGGGCAGAGAGCCAACAAGCGUACUUUGAAUAUCAAUUACGAGCUCGUUGUUCGUACUUCAUCAUUCUGGGUUCGCAGAAAAGGUGACGCUUACCCCGUCGUGUGGAGUUUAGUACCUUCAGGAAAGUCACCCUGAGGAUGCAUAGCCGGAACUGCGUCGGAGGAUCGUUUUAUGACGGGGCCGUGUGUUGUUCGCCUCCAUCGCGUGCUUUCGGCAAUAUGCACAACCUAGUCCUGGUGUUGCUGGCGUUUCUGUCUUCGUGGGAAGACAACGAAACCAGGCGCGGCGAUGUGGUGGAACAGCAGAAUCCUUUUCGCCUAGCGAUUCACGGCAAAACUGAGAGAGACCGUGACGGGAAUUGCACACAACACGGCGUGAGAUCAAAUGAUUUCCGUUUCGUGGAUGAAGGUGACAUGUCUGCUGAAGUAGGUCGUGGUCUGGCUUUACAGAAACAUGUCCGAGUUCCGCUGCAGGCUUCGAUUGCUCGGCGGCUUUCUGACAGGGAGUCGGAAAAGAGGAGCCAAGGUUCCGACAACGGAAACGGCACUACCCCACCUUUGCCACCACGGCGGACCCCGUCUCCGCGGCCUUCAGGAGCCAGUGGAGUUGUCCAACAAGGAGCUGCCGGUGUGGGCACGCCUACGAUGUUGGGGACAGGUGGCCAACAUCUCUCUGACCAGGGAGCUACAGGUUCAGUCGCACCAUCAGUGCAAUCUUCCUCAUCUAGUGCUGUCAGUGUUGAGGGUGCAUUGCCUCUAAUCCAGUUUUUCGGAAGCCGUAGCAGUUCUCCUGAAGUCCCUCUAUGUCAUGCGUGCCACACUGUAGAGGCAGCUGUAGGCGUGCUUCAAAGCAUAAGACACCGCAGACGGGCUGGCGCGCGUGAGGCAGCUGAGCGAAUAGCGGCACUGGAGUCCCAACAUGCUCUUCUUGUCAGUUCCUCCACCCAGGGAGAGCACAGUCAAGGUGCACGGCCAAGUGAUAUCCUUGUGAGUCACCGGGCGCUACAACGGGCGCGCCGAGAGGCCACCCGACAGGAAGAAACGCUACGGGGAGAAGAAGCCUCCCUGGAAGCGUUUAUACGCGUGGCCUCUGAAAAGCGUGAAAGAGAAGGGCAGAGGUCUCUCGAGGUGCUCCGCCAGCGCGUGGAAAAUCAGACUGCAGAACUUGCUGUGUUACGCGUCGAGGCAGCACUAGAGCGGCAACGUGAAAUGGUGGAGCUCGAGAGGAGGCGCGGAGACUUACUGGCCCUGGCCUUAGUCGCAGAAGACGACGAAGAAUAUCUUCGGCUGAGUGCAGAAGAAGAAGCAGUCCAACGGCAAAUCGAGCAAUUGGCGGAGGAAACGAGGAGACCGCGCCGUGGCCGUAGAAAGCCCGCGUGAUGCAGAAGUGAACAGUGAUUCCAAGUGUCUUAAGCACAGUUAUUUGAAAAAACAACAAUGCAUUCUGAAUGCGAAACGGUGGUAUCGGAGGUAUAAUGUAGGUAGGGGAACGGGGCACCCCCCGAUCUUAUUUUGUCAGUCCUGUUACGGAAAGGAAACUGCCUUGUCGGGAGCAGAGGUAAAUCCCAUUAGGCGCGAGGGUAGCAGAAACCCGCUUCGUGCUGCGUUAUGCUUUUGAUACUCGCACGCUAUUUUGAUUACCUCGCAAGCACCUUUGGCGACACUGUGAAAAUGCUUUUCUGACAAAGCGAUACACGAUUGCGGAUUUCCCAGUUGGUGUCGUGGUGCGCCUGUCGCCGAAUCAAGAGGACAUCCUAAUUGCACUUCAUAUGUGAAUCCGGCACAUACGUUCGUUACCAUUUUCUCAGCAACAGGCUUCUGGAGAAACCGAAACUGGUUUUCCAGUGUAGAUGGCAAUGUCACUCGUGGGGAUAACGAAACCCUGAAGAUUGCCCUGGCGGGUUCGAAAGUAUACGUUCACAGGCGUCCACCGAACAUAUCCUAUUCAUGAUGUGAACAGCCUAUUGAUGAUGUCUCUACUGAACACACUAGUUGAAAGACACCUGCGAGAGCGG